UACUUCAGUGUUUCAGUUCAGCAAAAACGAAACUUAAGUGUUGUGGAGUUGUCGUAUGUGUUUCUCUAUCUGUUUACAUGCAGUGAAAUGGCAGAAGCCAGUAUUUCAGUGGCUCAGGAUCAGUUGAGUUGUCCAGUGUGUCUGGAUCUACUGAAGGAUCCAGUGACUAUUCCCUGUGGACACAGUUACUGUAUGAGCUGUAUUACAGACUACUGGAAUCAGGAUGAUCAGAAGAGAGUCUACCGCUGCCCUCAGUGUAGACAGACCUUCACUACAAAACCUGCUUUAAAUAAAAACACCAUGCUGGCUGAAGUGGUGGAGAAACUGGAGAAGAUUAAACUUCAAGCUGAUGUUCCUGUUGAUGCUGCAGCUGGAGAUGUGGAGUGUGACAUCUGUACUGGAAGAAAAUACAAAGCUGUCAAGUCCUGUCUGGUGUGUCUGAACUCUUACUGUUACAAUCACUUCGAACAACAUGAGAGUUUCUUUAAAGGUAAGAGACACUAUUUGAUGGACGCCACUGGACGACUCCAGGAGAUGAUCUGCUCUCAACAUGGUCGACUGCUGGAGUUUUUCUGUCAUGCUGACCAGAAGUGUAUUUGUAUGUUGUGUACGAUGGAUGAACAUAAAAACCAUGACACUGUAUCAGCUGCAGCAGAGAGGACAGAGAAAGAGAAACACUUGAGAGAGACACAGAGAAAAUACCAGCAGAGAAUCCAGGAGAGAAAGAAAGAUGUUCUGCAGCUGAUAGAGACUUUGGAGUCUCAUAAGCGCUCUGCACAGACAGCGGUGAAUGACAGUGAGAGGAUCUUUACUGAGCUGAUGCGCUCCAUCGAGAGAAGCCGCUCUGAGGUGACACAGCUGAUCAGAGAUCAGGAAAAGGCUGCAGUGAGUCGAGCUGAAGGACUCUUGGAGCGACUGGAGCAGGAGAUCGCUGAUCUGAGGAGGAGAGAUGCUGAGCUGGAACAGCUUUUACACACAGAUGAUCACAUCCAUUUCCUGCAGAGGUUCCAGUCUCUCCCUGCAUCUCUAGAAUGUACUGUCAGAAUUACUUUCAGUUCCCCUCUCUCUGUUGAAGAUAUAAGACAAUCUGUCUGUCAGCUGAGAGACAAAGUGGAGGAUUUCUGCAAAGAGCAGAUUAAAACGUUUUCUGUUACACACAUCAACAUUGUUCCGAGGAUCAGAGAGGAGUUCCUACAAUAUUUCCAUCGGUUCACUCUGGAUCCAAACACAGUAAAUGAACACAUCUAUCUGUCUGAGGGGAACAGAGCGGCUUCUUACACUCACAUACGCCAGCGGUAUCCUGAUCAUCCAGACAGAUUUGAUCGUUUACGUCAGGUGUUGUGUAUAGAGAGAGUGUGUGGACGCUGUUACUGGGAGAUUGAGUGGAGUGGGAAAAAAGGUGUGUUUAUAUCAGUGUCAUAUAAGAGCAUCAGCAGGAAGGGAGGUGAUGAGUGUGGAUUUGGAAAUAAUGAUCAGUCCUGGAGUUUGUUCUGUUCUCACUAUAGUUAUUCAUUCAGUCACAAUAACGAACAGACUAAUCUCCCUGUACGCUACCGCUUGUGUAGAAUAGGAGUGUAUGUUGAUCACAGUGCAGGAACUCUGUGUUUCUACAGUGUUUCUGACACAAUGACCCUCAUCCACAGAGAACAGACCACAUUCACUCAACCUCUAUAUCUGGGGUUUACUGUUUAUAGUGAUUCAGCAGUGAAACUCUGUGAUUUAACAAUAUAGAUUAUACAGAAAUUAUAUCAGUAAUACUGUCAUACAGCUUUAAUCAGUAACAGUGAGAUUUCUGAUAAAUAAAUAAAUACUACAACUGAAGGUCUGCCACUGAUAUCACAAGUCAGAUAUUACUGUAAUAGAGUAAAAACCUCAUCAGAUUACAGUAAUCUUUUAAUGAUUGUGCUUUAAAAGUGAGUUAAGGAUAAAUUAGAAAAUUACACAUGCAAACAAUACCGACAUAAAUCACAAUAGCAAAUCAUGAGCAAAUCUGCUUAAACAUACUAAUAAUGCCUUUAUGAAAAUUUUGAAAUGCAAAAUGGUUUGUAUGAGGGUUAGGUUAGGUUAGGGUUUAGGGGUAGGGUUUGGGAUAGGGUUUGGGAAUAGAAAAUAUAAUUAGCUCAAAAACAAAAAAAAAAAAACAAACAAAAAAAACAAUUAUGUGUGUUUUCAUUUAAUGAUAUUAAUUCAAAUUAUAUUGCAGUUUGAAAUUUUUUUUUUUAUAAUCACUACUUUCAAAAGUAACUUUGAAUUGUCAUGAAACAGAUUGUUAAUAUAAAAUAUUUUUUAUUUGGAUAUUGGAUUUGUUUGUAUUCUUACACAAAACAAUAAAACUGAAAUUAAAAAGCAA